AUGCCGCUGAACACGUCCCACUAUCUGACCAAGCAGGGAUGGAAGGGGCAUGGAACACCGCUGGACGGCGAGAAAGGGCGUGGCUUAAAGAAACCACUCAUUAUACCACAGAAACGCAACCUCGGCGGUGUAGGCCAGAACCGUGAUCGUGCCGUGGAGUGGUGGGAUGAUAUUUUUGCGGUAGGUGCAAAGGCUUUAGCGCUCGGUGCGUCUGCCAAGAAGGACACAGGUGCCCCGGCUGGACCGAGGCGCGCGCUCUCUACGGUGGCCAAGCAAGAGCACGCGCGGCGCAUGCUCAUGAGCAACUUUGUUCGAGGGGAGGUCGUGGGAACAUUAUCGAUCUCCACGGAAGAGACCGACCUGAGCAUAUCUCAGAUCCAGGACCCAGUUCUGGAAGCCCCUCCUCACAAUACCCGUGAUGCAAGGUCGAUGUCCUGCACCGACGAAGAUCGCGCGCCAAGUGACAAGGAAGAGAAAAAGAAGCGCAAGCGCAGCGAAUCUAUCGAUACAAGCACACACAAGGAGAAGAAACGCGUUAAGCACAAACAACGUGACGAGAACGAGAAGCGCAACAAGGGCGAAAAGCAAGAAAAGAACGACAAGCUCGAGAAGAGAAAGAAGCAGGAGAAGAGGGAGAAGCGCAACAAGAAAGAGAAGCGCAAGAUGGAGAAGCGAGACAAGAUGGAGAAGCGAGAUAGACGUAAAAAGCGCGACAAGAGCGAAGAGAAAAAGCGAAGGACCGAGAGGCACUACAUGGGAUUCGAGGCGCUCAAGCGCGUGCUUGAUUUGUGCCUGUCCCUGCGUCGGAUUGACGUCGUGACUGUGUACGCUUUUGCGCUCGACAACUUCCGACGUGAACAAGCCGAGGUGGAUGCCCUGAUGGAGCUUGCAAGGACUCGGCUCCUUGAGCUUUCUAGUAACAGCGAGCUUGUCCGGAAGUUCUCAGUCCGCAUUCGCGUCGUGGGACGACGGGCACUGCUCCCACCGGCCGUCCAAGAGACGGCUCAAAGUGUAGAAGAGGCGACCAAGGAUCACACAGGACCGACCCUGAACAUUUGCAUGCCAUACGCGUCGCAGGAUGAAAUCUGCGCGGCGGCGACGCAGGCGGUGCAAAAAGGGCCUCUGACCGAGGCGUCAUUGGCAGAGCAUCUGAUGGUGCCAUGCGAUAUACCGAUCGACGUGCUUGUGCGCACGUCCCACGUCUCGCGCCUCAGUGACUUUUUGCUAUGGCAAUGCAACGAGCAUACCCAGAUGCACUUUGUGGACCAGUACUGGCCCAGGUUUGGCGUGCGUGAUUUGAUUCCCAUUCUACUUGCGUACCAGCGCGCACACGUACACUGA